AGGCACCAGGCCGGCCACAACAUCGCUCACCUCCCAGCUCUGCAGACAAGAUGCAGCGACUGUGUGUGUACGUUCUGGUCCUGGCACUGGCUCUGGCCACCUUCUCCGAAGCUUCUUGGAAGCCCCGCUCCCAGCUGCAGGAUGCACCCUCGGGUCCAGGGGCAAAUAGGGGCCCAGAUAGCUGGCUGGACCGGCUGGGUUCAGCCCCUCACCAGCGAAGGCAGCUAGGGCUCCAGGGCCCCCCACAGCUGGUGGCAGACCUGUCCAAGAAGCAGGGACCGUGGGUGGAGGAGGAAGAAGCAGCGUACGGAUGGAUGGACUUCGGCCGCCGCAGCGCUGAGGAAGGGGACCGACAUCCCUAG